AAAUGAAUUUCUAUAAUUGGGAAUGCCCCGAUGCCAUCAAUUUUCCAAAAUUUUUAGAAACUUUAAAGCACUUCCGUCUAACGGGAUUCCCCAAGUAUCCUUCAACCGAAGGUUCUGUUAUUAAGAAAGAUUUCGAAGGAGAGAACCAAUUAGAAUCGUUAGUAAGGGAAUUAUCUCUAAAAGUAAAUUGUAUGUUCAAUGAUGAAAUGUUGGAAUGGAAGAUCGCCUUUGUAGAUGGAUUUCUCUUAUACUGGGAUGUUGAUAUUGUAAAGGAAUUAGAUUUAAAAUUCUUUAUUAAGGCGGAUCAUUAUACAAUAAAACAACGACGGAAAGAGAUUGCGUCCAACG